CGGAGUAACCCUUUUAUAUAACUUGAGCUUAUAUUUCUUUAGAUAACAUGGUGUGGUGCGAUCUUUCCAACAACAUGUUCACCGGUGAAAUCUACAACGACAUCGGAUUUUUCUCUAACCUUAGAGUCCUCGAUCUCGGCGGAAACGUCUUAACCGGCCAUGUACCGGCCUAUCUUGGAAACCUCUCAAGAUUAGAGUUCUUAACAUUAGCUUCAAACCACUUAACCGGAGGUGUACCGGCAGAGUUAGGGGAGAUGAAAAACUUGAAAUGGAUAUACUUGGGAUACAACAAUCUAUCUGGCGCAAUCCCUUACCAAAUCGGUGGCUUAUCCUCUCUCAACCACCUUGAUCUUGUCUACAACAAUCUCUCUGGACCAAUACCUCCUUCACUAGGAGACUUAAAGAAUCUUGAGUACAUGUUUCUCUACCAAAACAAGCUCUCCGGUCAGAUCCCACUCUCCAUCUUCUCCCUCCAAAACCUCAUCUCUCUCGACUUUAGCGAUAACUCGCUCUCCGGAGAGAUCCCUGAGCUCGUGGCUCAGAUGAAAAGCUUGGAGAUUCUCCACCUCUUCUCCAAUAACUUAACCGGAACAAUUCCAGAAGGAGUAACUUCUUUGCCACGUCUAAAAGUUCUUCAGCUUUGGUCCAACAGAUUUUCUGGCGGAAUUCCGGCGAAUCUUGGGAAACAUAACAACCUUACUGUUCUUGAUCUUUCUACCAACAAUCUCACCGGAAAACUCCCUGACACUCUUUGUGACUCUGGCCAUCUCACUAAGCUCAUCCUGUUCUCUAACUCUCUAGACGGCCAAAUCCCAACGAGUUUAGGCGCGUGCUCGAGCUUAGAACGUGUGAGGCUUAAAAAAAAUGGCUUCUCAGGCGAUUUACCUCGAGGUUUCACCGAGUUGCAAUUCGUUAACUUUUUGGACUUAUCAAACAACAACCUCCAAGGUAACAUCAACACAUGGGACAUGCCACAACUUGAGAUGUUAGACCUCAGCCAGAACAACUUCUCCGGUGAAUUACCUGAUCUUUCGAGAAGCAAAAGACUCAAGAAGCUCGAUUUAUCAAGGAACAGAAUCUCUGGAAUGUUUCCGCUACGGCUCAUGGCCUUUCCGGAACUUAUGGAUAUGGAUUUAAGUGAGAACGAUAUCACUGGAGUGAUCCCAAGUGAGUUGUCUUCUUGCAAGAAUCUAGUGAAUCUUGACUUGAGCCACAACAAUCUCACCGGAGAGAUCCCUUCGAGUUUCUCAGAAUUCCCAGUUCUCAGCAAUCUUGAUUUGUCGUGCAACCGAUUAUCUGGCGAGAUUCCGAAGAAUCUAGGAAAUAUUGAGUCUCUUGUUCAAGUCAACAUCUCUCAUAAUCUUCUUCACGGAAGCUUACCACCAACCGGAGCUUUUCUUGCCAUAAACGCAACAGCAGUAACCGGUAAUAUCGAUCUUUGCAGCGCAAAUUCCGCUAGCGGUUUAAGUCCUUGCAAGGUUGUAAGAAAGAAAAGUACGAAGAGUUGGUGGUUUAUCAUCACUUCAACCUUUGUAGCUUUCUUGGCUGUCCUUGUCUCCGGUUUCUUUAUCGUUCUCGUCUUUCAAAGAACGCGUAACGUUUUGGAGGUCAAGAAAGUGGAACAAGAAGAUGGUACAAAGUGGGAAACUCAAUUCUUCGAUUCAAGAUUCAUGAAAUCGUUUACGGUGAACGCGAUUAUAUCGUCUCUUAAGGAACAAAACGUUCUUGUGGAUAAAAGCGGCGUCAAGUUCGUUGUUAAGGAGGUCAAGAAGUAUGAUUCUUUUCCCGAGAUGAUAUCCGACAUGAGGAAACUUUCUGAGCACAAAAACAUUCUUAAGAUAGUUGCGACGUGCCGGUCGGAAAAAGAGGCCUACUUGAUACACGAGGACAUCGAAGGGAAACGGCUGAGCCAGAUUUUGAAUGGUUUGAGUUGGGAGAGACGGAGGAAGAUUAUGAAGGGAAUCGUAGAAGCUCUUCGGUUUUUACAUUGCCGGUGUUCUCCAGCGGUUGUUGCCGGUAAUUUAUCGCCGGAGAAUAUUGUCAUCGACGUCAAGGAUCAACCAAGGCUUUGUCUCGGUCUUCCGGGCUUACUUUGCAUGGACUCUGCUUACAUGGCCCCAGAAACGAGAGAGCACAAGGAGAUGACAAGUAAAAGUGACAUCUAUGGUUUUGGAAUCCUCCUCCUUAAUCUCCUCACCGGUAAAAACUCCUCCGGUGAUGAGGACAUAGAAUCUGAAGUUAACGGAAGUUUGGUCAACUGGGCUAGAUAUUCAUAUUCGAAUUGCCAUAUCGACACGUGGAUCGACUCAUCCAUCGACAUGUCAGAGCAUAAGCGCGAGAUUGUCCAUGUUAUGAACUUAGCUUUGAACUGUACGGCCAUUGAUCCUCAAGAGAGGCCUUGCACCAAGAACGUGUUACAAGCAUUAGAGUCUACCUCAUCCUCAAGUUCUUCUUGCACUACUUAUUUUUCGAAGAUACCAUCGUUGGCCUGACAAUUUUGGCUUCGUUUGACCCAUUAUGUAAUUUUACUA